CCACAGCUUCUGUUACAGUCCAUCGGCAGUGAUGCUCAGUACCCUACUGAUAACCACAACAUCUCGGCAGCGAUUCCAGGCGGAGUAAAGGCUGAGGACUCUGGCUUCUUGCAGACGACGAGAUGUUUUGGAGCGUGAAACAUUGCAGUCUUAUCAUUAUCAUAGGAUGUCUACGUUGUUUGUGGUCAUUUAAUGUGGAUGAAAAAAAUGCCAUGAAAUUCAGUGGAUCAGUGGAGGACAUGUUUGGGUACACAGUCCAGCAGUUCGAGAACAAUGAAGGGAAAUGGAUACUGAUUGGAUCUCCCUUGACUGGACAGCCAGCCCACAGAACUGGGGAUGUAUACAAAUGCCCUGUAGGCAGAAGUGAUUCAAAAUGCAUUAAGCUGGAGUUGCCUGAAAAUACAACCAUUCCUGAUUCAAAUGAAGUCAAAGAUAACAUGACCAUGGGAACAACUUUAGUAACAAAUCCAGAUGGAGGAUUUCUGGCCUGCGGGCCGCUUUAUGCCCGGAAGUGUGGAAGUCAGCAGUACACCACCGGAAUAUGUUCCAACGUGAGCGCCUCAUUUCAGGUCAUGAACUCAAUCUCUCCUCCACUGCAAGUCUGUGACAAUAAACUGGACAUCGUGAUGGUACUGGAUGGUUCAAACAGCAUCUAUCCUUGGUCCAGUAUAAAAGACUUUUUGGUGAAGUUUUUGAAGAAUAUUGAUGUCGGUCCAACACUCUCCCAGGUAGGAAUUGUGUCUUAUGGUGAUGAAGUUAGUCAUGUCUUCAAUCUCAGCCAGUUCAAUAACACCAGAGAUCUUGUGGCUGAAGCCAGUAAGAUUCCCCAAAAAACAGGAACGAAGACAAAUACAUUCCUCGCAAUUGAGACAGCCAGAAGAGAGGCCUUCACAAAGGAACGGGGAGCUCGGCCAGGUGUCAAGAAGGUCAUGGUCAUCGUCACAGAUGGAGAAUCCCACGACAAUUAUAAAUCUAUGCAAGUUAUGAAUGAGUCUAACAAGGAUGGGAUAGAGAGAUUUUCAAUUGCUGUUCUUGGUGAUUAUUACAGACAAAGGAAAUCUGAAAAGGAUAUCCAAACAUUUAUAAAGGAGAUUCAGUCCAUAGCAAGUCCACCAAUCCAGGAUCAUUUCUUUAAUGUGUCGGAUGAGGUGGCCUUGUUAAACAUUACUGAAUCGUUGGGCAGCAAAAUUUUUGCUUUGGAAGGUACAACAGGGAACCACACUACAUCUUUCAAACUGGAAAUGUCUCAAGCUGGAUUCAGCACACAUGUGUCAAAAGAAGGAGUCAUGUUUGGUGCAGUCGGUGCAUAUGAUUGGAAUGGAACUGUGGUAAUGAAAAAAGCUCAGGAUUUUAUCAUUCCGAGUGAAGAUGCGUUUCACAGCCGUGCUGUUGAGAGGUAUGAAGGCAUGGCAGGGUACGUCGGUUAUGAUGUCCAAUCAGCAUCAAGACCCAAAGGAAUAUUAUACAUUACAGGUGCACCACGGUAUAACCACACUGGUCGGGUCAUUGUGUACAAGCUUGAUGGAAAUAAUAUUAAAAUUAAGCAAAUCCUGAAAGGAGAACAGAUUGGCUCAUACUUCGGCAGUGUUCUUCAGACUGUCGAUGUUGACAAUGACUCUUAUACAGACAUCCUUCUUGUUGGAGCUCCAAUGUACAUGGGCUCAGAAAGGGAUGAACAAGGUCAAGUCUAUGUUUACAGGAUUAAUGAGACAGAUAUGUUUGAAUAUGAGAUGACACUGAAGCCCAUUGCUCAGCCAUGCUGCACUAGCCGCUCUCACAGCUCCUGCAAGACCAUCAACAAGAACGAGCCAUGCGGUUCACGUUUCGGGACUGCGAUUGCUUCAGUCACCGACCUUAACCUCGACGGCCUUGGUGAUGUGGUGAUCGGGGCACCUUUGGAGAAUGACCAUCGGGGGGCAGUCUACAUUUACCAUGGGGCAGGCAAAUCUUUGAAGAAGCAGUUUGUGCAGAGAAUAGCGUCUGGUGGAGAUGGGGAAAAAAUGAAGUUUUUUGGUCAAUCAAUCCAUGGAGUCCUUGACCUUAAUGGAGAUGGGAUUACUGAUGUUACAAUCGGAGGAAUUGGAGGAGCUGCCCUUUUUUGGUCUCGGGAUGUUGCCCAGCUCAGGGCUAAUAUGUCAUUUCAACCUGAUAAAAUUAACAUGCAAACAUGUGGAGUUGCUAGCAAGAACAGCGGCUGUGUCAACAUCACAGUAUGCUUUGGAUACACUGUGAAGUCUGAAAAGGAAGACAGCUUUAGCACUGACAUGCAAUACAGUCUGACAUUAGACUCCCUCAGAGCAGUGUCAAGAGGACUGUUUGUAAAUAAAGCAGACAGGAAAGAGCUUGUGGAGAAACGGAUAUCCAACAAGGACAGCUUUUGUACGAAACACAAAUUCUACAUGUUGGAUAAACUGGACUUCAGGGACCCAGUUAUGAUCUCACUGGUAUUUGAAUUAGUGAAUAAGGAUAAGGGCCCAGUCUUGGAUGGGGAUUUACCAACAUCUCUCAAUAAGAAAAUUGCUUUAGUUGACUGUGGAAACAAUGAAAAGUGUAUCACCGACCUCCGUCUGGAAGCUACAGCGAAUAUAACAGACCUCGUCAUUAAAGCGAAUCAAGAAAAAUUCCACGUUGAAGUUAAGGUCAGAAACAGCAAAGAUAGUGCCUAUAACACGAAGGUUAUACUAGCACCUUCUAAGAACAUCAACUUUGUAAAAAUAGAGCCUAGAGACAGAGAUUGUGAAAUUAAGGAUGACAUAAUCUGUGCUGUUGGAUAUCCUUUCUUAAAAACAAAUGAGCAGGAUUCUUUUAAGGUUCACUUUGAAGUAAAUCCCUCAAAUGUGUGUGAGAAAUGUGUGAGUAUCGACAUCAAAGUCAACGUAACAAGUGAUAGUGAAGAGCCCAACCUUAAUGACAACAGUGUGAACAUCAAGAUCCCAGUUAAGUACGAGUCGGGGCUAAGUUUUUCAGCUGUGAAAUACAUGGAAGGAAGUCAUCACAUAAUCGUCCGUGAAAGUGAAGAGUUCCCAAGUGUGUUGAAUCACAUGAGUAUGAUUGGGGAUGAAGUCAACAUCAGCUACACGAUUAAAAUGGAAAUCAACCAGACAAUUCCUCCUCUGACGUUAAAUAUUACGUAUCCCUUUAAGUCUCCAAGAAAAAAUAUUCUGCUGUAUUUGACGAACGUGGCCUUCUCUAAGAAUGUACAAUGUGACGUCUCUCAAGUGGACCCACUAAAAAUUAGCCCACAGCGGACACAUCCAUCUCAUGCAGUGAAGGAAACCUUGGGCAAUUACACUGUGGCGUGCGAUGGAUUCAACUGUAUAGUCUUUCUCUGCACUAUCCCUGCACUAAAUCUUUCCAUGUCUAGCCAAGUAAAUGUCACCUUCCGUGUUUGGAAGGCCACUUUCAUCAAAGCAGAGUUCUCCAGUUUGGAAAUGACUGUGCAUGCUACACUGAAACACAAGGAUACAUCUCUCUUUGUUCUGAGUAACGACAAUGAAAGAAGAGAUGUAAAAAUUCAAGUUUCAAAAGACUCUCUUGGUGGAAUACCACUGUGGAUUAUCAUUGUCAGCAUUCUUUUAGGGCUACUGAUAUUGGCCUUGGUCAUCUUUGUACUAUGGAAGGCUGGAUUUUUCAAGAGAAAAUCAAUGGAGGAAAUGAAGGACAUGAAAAAUGGACAGGAAACAAGGACAUGAAAAAUCAGUAAAUGUCCUUGUUUCUUCUUAGAAUAAGGCUUUCUGCCCUAAAUUUCCUCAGGUCUGAAAUAUGUCUACACAAGGCCAUGCCAUCGCAGGACUGAAACUUAUGAAAAUGAACAUUUCUGUUCUAUACAACAAGAUUUCAGUGAUAUACAGAACCUGUCAAAAGUUUGAGUGAACCCCUAGAACUUAUGGUUUUUCUUCCCCAUGAUAUAUACCUGAUUCAUACCUGCAGCUAACUAUCCAGGGACCAGGCAGGGGACACCCUGGGUGCAGUGACAGGAUGACCUCUGCUCCUUUUAAAAGAAUUAAAAAGUGUUUUCACUUAAACUUGCGGUAUAAAGCUGGUUCACUCAAAAGUUUGACUUUAUUGUACAUUUCAAAGAAAUAUCAAUAAUAGCUGUUCUUCAUUUGUUUAUUGCUUUCCAAAGGGUGUGAAAUAUUGCAUAGUUUUUGCGAUUUAAUUGAACUAUAUUUUUUAAAAAAUCAGGAAUGUUUGAAUCGUAAAAGUACUCAAGUUUACUCAUAAAUGACAGCAUUUGGUACAACUCAGUAUAUUCUACAAAUGCGUAGUAACAAAUUUUUAAAUUAUUAAUUUACAGUACCUUCAGAAAAUUUCUAAAAAUAUGCAUUUACUUUGCUGUUAUGGGAUACGUGAUGUAUAUUUAUGGCAAAAUGGAGUCAGCCAAUGUUCAGAUAAGUCUACAACAAUCUGUAAGAACAAAAUAAAAAAACAGCGUGAUCUGUACAUUAUGCAUAGUUGUGUUCUACAACUUUCAGCUGUUCUACAAAUGUACAAAUGAAAUUGUGAUAAUUGAAAACUACUGUUCAUGUAUAUUCCUCAGUGUACUGCAAAUAUAUGCAAGUUACCUCAGUCACAUGGAAUGCACUUGUAUGUAAAGAAUUGAGAGAGAAUAUGUUUUUCCAGAAGUAAGAAAAUACUUGUACUUCACUUUUUCGCAGAAUAUGCAGAGAUUUUUUGCACAGAUAGUUCUUUAAAAAUAAAAGAAAAAUAUAAAAAGUGUUUUAUUGUAGGGUAAUGCGAAAUUUAACAGACAUGAUUGAAAUAAUUUUUACUGAAUUUUCAUUUGCUAGCUGUAAGGCUGAACAUAAGUCUUUCAAUGCAGCUUUUUCUGACAAAGAUCAGUCUUAUAAUUGAAUAUAUACAAUAAAUCUCUGCUUCAUGUCAUCUUUUCAGCCUAAUCGUGUGAUCACUAAAGUAUGACAUGCAUUGUGGCUGGUAUUGUAUUAAAGUUUGAACAUGUCUAUCAUGGUUUUAUCAUAAUAAAAUAUUCCAAGAAUAAAAAUUCUAGCAGAAAAAUAAAUGAUAUUAAGCAGGGAAUUACUGUACUAAUAACCAUACUAAUAUUUUGUUUGUUAUAAAUGUUUUACAAUUAAGUUUGUUUAAUCACUGUUGUGUGUAUUUGCACAAACAAUCCUAGUUAAUAUGUUGUAUUCAAGGACAUCACAUCAUCAGCAUUAAUGGGGAUUAUCAUUUUCAGAGUGCAUGAAAAAAUAAGUAAUUGCGAGAAUGUAUAAAAUCAAACUCUGGUAAUGCCUUUGUCCUGUGCACUGUUUAAAACAAAGUGAUGCACUGUUGUAUGUAGUGUCAUUGGCAUACAAAAUUGUACAUGCUGACAUUGAAAUCUUUGAGACAAUAAAAAGGGUUUUUUUGA